GCCACUCUUGCAGAAAAUCCUGCUGUCUUGAUGUUGGCUACUGUUGAUCACAUUAAUGCCACUCUUUUACAUACUAAUCGUCACCUUGAAUCAUUUAAGUGGGUGUACUACCGUGCAGACACUUUUGAAUUUCCUUCACAAGAAUUAUUCGCUGGUCGUUCUUCCUUACUUGGGCUCAAUCCCAGAUGUAACAAUUUGGUGCACUCACUAUCAUCGCUCGAUGUACUCUGGAAAUCGUUGGCUACUAAUUCUCGUUCAAUCUUUCGUCUGUUUUUCUCGUUGUUCUUCAGUAAUAAGGAACCCGUCGCUUUCUGGGAUCUCUUUACUGCUAACCCAUUGCUUCCUGAUUUCUUCAGUAUUGAGAAUUGA